AUGGCACGAUGGCAUGAUGGCCAAGGUGGAGGUGACCUGCCUGGGAUGGAAAGAGGGGGUCUUGCUGAAAAAAAUGGUGGUCGGCAGGUGCUCUUGCUGAAUGAAACUGUAUUUGGCUGGCUUUCUUCUAAUAAAGGUUGCCUUUUUAACCAACCCAGGUAUCUGCCUUGGGUGGGUUCCCCAUCUGGCUUCCUAUACACUAAAAGGGGUUGUUCCCCUUUGAGUUAA